ACCUUUUCCUCUUUCAAAUUAUCAAUUAUUCGUUUUAAUCAUUUUAAUCCUUAUUUACACUUUCUGAAGCAAUUUCUUUCAAAGGGAAAGUCCUGGCUUUCCAGAGGUGAUGACCUCCGCAUGACUUGAACAUGUCUCUUGAAAAAGAUCUCCUUCACCCCUCUCUGAAGAGGAAGCACAAGAAGGAACGCCUGGUGCAGAGCCCCAAUUCCUACUUCACGGGUGUGAAGUGCCCAAGACGCUGUAAAAUCAUCACAGUCUUCAGCCAUGCACAGACGGUAGUUCUGUGUGUUGGCUGCUCCACUGUCCUCUGUCAGCCUACAGGAGGAAAAGCAAAGCUUGCUGAAGGAUGUUCCUUUAGGAGGAAGCAGCACUAACAGUACCCUGAAUAAACGUGAAUGGGAAGCCAUUUCAAUAAACACAUUUUGUAUUUAAAGAGAAAAGUCGGGGUCCUUUGGGAUUUCACAAAGAACCGAGAUCACUUCCUGAUUUAUGCUUAUUCCUCUGCCAAACGUUUGCGUGUCCUCGUCACAUUUCCUUGGUUACAAGCUGAUAACUGAGUAAUUAAAGGAUCUUUACUGUGCUCUUUCAAACCAUA